AUGGGUGAACUUCCUUCUGUUCGUAUCACACCUGGCAGACCGUUCAAGACUUCAGGCGUCGACUUCGCUGGUCCAAUACAGUUGCGUACAUCUAAGGGUAGAGGCCAUAAAGCAUUUAAGGGAUACAUUUGUCUUUUCAUUUGUAUGAAAACAAAAGCAGUACAUCUUGAAGUUGUAAGUGAUCUUACCAGUAAAGGCUUUAUUGCAGCUUUCAAGAGAUUCAUAUCCAGAAGAGGACAUUGUUCAGAUGUUUGGAGUGACAAUGGAUUAAACUUCGUAGGGGCCGCAAAGGAGUUAAAGGAUAACGCUAACAUUCGUUGUUCAAGUGGUAUGAAAGAUAUAGUUGAGUUAUUAGCGAAUGAAGGCACUAUUUGGCACUUUAUUCCACCGAGAGCCCCCAAUUUUGGUGGCCUUUGGGAGGCUGCGGUCAAAAGUGCCAAAACUCAUCUUGUUAAGGUCGUUGGAAACUCAACGUUGACAUUUGAAGAGAUGACAACUCUGCUAUCACAGGUCGAAGCGUGCUUAAAUUCUAGACCCAUCUGUCAACUAAAUGAUAAUCCAGAUGAUUUGUUUCCACUAACGCCAGCUCAUUUCCUCAUUGGUGAGGCAACUAUGAUAAUUCCUGAACCAGACCAUGAGAAUACAAGAUUAAGCGCAUUAGAUAGAUGGACCUUAGUACAAAAAAUGACGCAACACUUUUGGAAACGCUGGUCAACAGAGUAUCUGCAAGGACUACAGAGAAGACAAAAGUGGCAAAAAUCUUCAGUUUCUCCAGAUGUCGGUCAAUUGGUGAUUAUAAAAGAAAACGACUUACCUCCAGCCAAAUGGUUGUUGGCGCGUAUACUAGAACUGAUUCCCGGACCUGACAAGGCUGUUAGGGUGGUUAAAUUGAAAUGUAAAUCAUCUAUCUUAACAAGGCCUAUCAACAAAAUUAUUUUGUUACCUAGAGAUAUUAAAUUACACGAAGACGCUCACGAAUACCUCAUGGUGGGCGGAAAGAACAAGGUUCUUGGUGGGCGGAAUGUUGGCGCCGUUUCCGCUACAGCACAAUAG